AAGCGACCGUCUCUUCCCCAACUCUGGAUCGAUGAGCGCGAUAAUCGACUGGCUUCCCUGGACUUCCAUUUUGCGGGAGGCAACAGACACUGAAAGGAGGCGAUCCACUCUUCUGUAUGUCUCUGUUUCAGAGUUUCUUUAAACAAAGAAAACCAUGGAAAUGGCCAGUGUACUUUGUAACAGAGCUAGACUGGUGACAUACCUGCCAGGAUUUUAUUCUUUGGUUAGAAGGGUUGUAACUCCCAAGGCUUUUUCCACAGCAGGAUCAUCUGGCUCAGAUGAGCCUUCUGUUGCUGCAGCACCUCCUGACAUAUGUCCAAAAACUGUGUGGCCAGAUGAAGUAAUGGGACCUUUUGGUCCCCAGGACCAAAGAUUUCAGCUACCUGGUAACAUAGGUUUUGACUGUCAUCUAAAUGGUACGGCAUUUCAGAAGACAAGACACGUUCAUAAAAAAUUGCCUGAUAUCUUAAUGGAACCCUUGGCAAGUGAAAGGCAUGAAUUUGUGAUGGCUCAGUAUGUCAACGAGUUGCAGAGCAGUAAUGCUGUUAAUAAACAAGACAUUGCCGAUGCCAAAAGUUAUUUUGAAACUGCAAAAGUAGAAUGUGUGAUACAAACAUGCCCAGAACUGUUGCGCAAAGAUUUUGAGUCAAUGUUUCCAGACGUCGUUUCCAGUAACAUAACGGUACUAACAGUAACACAGAAAACUCUAAAUGAUAUGACUGCAUGGAGUGAAGAGGUAGAAAAUGAACGAGAAGUUCUUAUUGAAAAUGUAAGUCUCAUUGGCUUAGGAUGAUCAAAUGUAAUUACUUUCCAUUACUGAUUCUGUGUGUGUUUUUCGUUCUGUUUUUA